AUCAAUUACAUAAACAAUUCGCUUCAUCCAAAACCUCUUGAACAAAUGAGUCACAUCCGAUUGUACGAUUCCUGGACCCAUGAUCGAUCGAUCAUAAGUACUGUACAUACAUGCGUCGCAAGCAUGCCGAACAUUCUGCAGCAUGGGCUUACAAACUCUGACAAACCACAAUAAGCGCCUUGCCACAAUGCCAUCAAUUUAAAAAACCAGCCUCACCGUCUGCUUCACUUCUUAGACCUUGCCUCCUCCAAAGUAGUAGCCCUACCCACUGGCAUGGACAGACUCGCGCCUCGACAUGAUAACGACUUCACAUCUCAAAUUUCCGCGUUGAAGCUCGAGGAUCCAUGCGAAUCUGGUUCAUUUGGCGCUGUCUACCGGCGCAACAUCAAUACUAGUGAAGGCACAAAAGAAGUCGCAGUAAAGGUAUUCAAGAUUGAUCCUGGGAGAGCUGUGGAGAAAUAUAAGAAGGCAAUGCAUCGGGAACUCAGGGUGUGGCUUAGACUAUCAAAACACCAAACUAUCGUACCGCUACUUGGCACCGCACAUGUUGGGUCUCUGUGUCCUGCUCUCGUUUCGCAAUGGAUGCCCUCUGGAACAUUGUAUAUGUACCUCGAGAAGCAAGGUACAAUCACCGCUUUGGCUAAAGUUAAAUUGGUCAGGGGCGUUGCCGAUGGCCUCAGAUAUCUCCACUCGGAGGAUGUCGUUCACGGUGACCUGCAUCCCGUAUGUGCAGUCGUCUCUCCGUGGAUGUUGCACUCAUUCAUAAGCCUCAGGCAAAUGUGCUUAUAGAUGGUGCGGGGAAUCCACGUCUCACAGAUUUUGGUCUCGCAACAAUCGCAGAGGAUGCAGAGUCGCAGCUGAAUACGACAACUGCAAACCGCAGCCUCAAUCCUCGAUGGCGUGCGCCUGAGGUCAUUGGAGUCGUCCCGGAGGCUGAACCUGUAUGGCCGAAUUUUAAGAGUGAUGUAUAUUCUUUUGGUGGUGUCAUGUUCUUUAUCAUCUCGGGGGACAUACCAUGGAAAGAGAAGAAAAACUCAACUCAAAUCAUCGUUG